UUCUGUAUGUCGCGGACUGAAGAAGGGGGACUCCGCCGGUCCGCCUUAUUUCUUCUUGGCUUUAGCUAAGCCCUAAACCUCAAUUGGCAAAUCCGCUCGCGCUCUUCUUCUUCUUCUCGAUCCUUCUUUCGCUGUCCGGCGAUGGAUUUCGACGAGUACGACUACUUGGAGAAAUCAGUUGAGGUUCCUCGGAUCCAUAAAGAUACGGGGCACCGCAACUCCCGACACCAUCCCGAGGGCGAGAAGGAUGGCGGUGAACGCAAGAGCCGCGAGUCGAAGAGAUCAAGGACGGACGAUAACGGAGGGACGGUGGAUCGCGAUGAACGGAACCGAUCUGACCGAAGGGAGAAGGAUUACCGUAGGAGCGGCGACAAGGAGCACGAAAGGGAUAGGGAUCAUCGCGAGAGGGAUAGGGAGAGAGAGAAAGAUAGACACCGGGAAAGAGAGAAGGAGAAAGAUAGACACCGGGAAAGCGAGAAGGAGAAGGAGAGGAGCAGGGAUAGGGAUAGUGAAAAAGAGAUGGAUUUGGACAGGGACAGGGAAAGAUCUAGGAGAAGCCGCAGCAGCUCUAGGAGGCAUGAUAUUGACAACUUAAAAGAAAUGGAGAGGGCUAGGAGCAGGGAAAUGAGGGAGCGAGAUGAAAGGGACUCUAGGGAAAUCAGGCGGUUCAGAGAUAAAAAAGAACUGGAACCUGAAGCUGACCCUGAAAGAGAUCAGAGGACAGUUUUUGCUUAUCAGAUGCCUUUGAAGGCUAAUGAGAGAGAUGUUUAUGAGUUCUUCUCAAAAGCGGGCAAGGUCAGAGAUGUGCGCUUGAUCAUGGAUCGAAAUUCUAGGAGAUCAAAAGGAGUUGGGUACAUCGAGUUUUAUGAUGCAAUGUCGGUGCCUAUGGCAAUCGCUCUUUCUGGUCAUCAACUUUUAGGUCAGCCUGUGAUGGUCAAACCUUCUGAAGCAGAGAAGAAUCUUGUUCAGUCAAAUACUACUGGAUCACUUGGUGCAGCUGGUGCUCGAAAAAUUUAUGUCGGGAACUUGCACUUCAACAUUACUGAAGAUUUGCUCCGUCAGGUUUUUGAGCCUUUUGGUCAUGUAGAACUUGUCCAACUUCCACUGGAUCCUGAAACUGGGCACUGCAGAGGAUAUGGAUUUAUUCAAUUCUCUCAAGUUGAAUAUGCAAAGGCAGCACAAAGUUUGAAUGGGAAAUUAGACAUAGCUGGCCGGAUAAUCAAGGUUUCAGCUGUAACUGAAAAUGUUGUUUCACAAGAAUCAGGAACAAAUGCUACUGACUUUGAUGAUGAUGAUGGUGGUGGUUUGUCUAUGAAUGCACGUUCAAGGGCUAUAUUGAUGCAGAAACUGGAUCGAACUGGAACUGCCUCAAGUAUUGUGGAAUCCCUUGGUGUGCCUGCUCUUAAUGGAGUGACUCCAAAUCAACCUCUUAUACCCUUGCCCAGAAAUGGGCAGGCUACUGUACCUGCAGCUUAUCCAGUUCUGCUUGCUACCACCAUUCCUGAGCCUAUAGGGGAGCCAAGUGAAUUUAUUUUGUUAAAGAACAUGUUUCAUCCAAGUACUGAGACCGAUCCUGAUUUUGACUUGGAUAUUAAAGAAGAUGUCCAAGAGGAAUGUGCCAAGUUUGGUCCCUUGAAGCAUAUUUAUGUGGACAAGUAUUGCAACAAUGGCAGUGUAUAUUUGCGAUUUGAAACGCAGGCUGCUGCAGCUAGUUGCCAGCAGGCAAUGCACAUGAGAUGGUUUGCUGGGAGAUCAAUAUCUGCCACAUUUAUGAGACCCCAAGAUUAUGAGGCUAAAUUCAAGAGUUCACUGUAAGCAUAAGAUUGGGCAACUGUGUUCUAUUCAUGUUUUUAUGUUUUUUUUCCUCUCGAACUUGGAGCUUACUGGUUGUUAUACCCUCAGGAGAAUUAGGUGUGAGUUUUGUUUCUAGGAUACUAUAACUUUUGUAGUUCAAGAAUUCUUCAUAUUGUUGGUGGAACAUCUUUGUAAAACAUGAAUGAUUAUUAUUUUGACCAAAUUAAGUGUUAUGGCAAAAAAGUUUUUUAUUUGUCUAUUCA